UACUAUCUACAGUGAUUACGUCAUCGGUCUCCGCUGUAUAAUGUGAUUUUUGCGGAGUCGGAAUUAAAUGGCUUUUUUCCCCGCGAUCCGUUUGAGGUUUAAAACCAGAAGAACGUAGAAAAAUGUAUGGAACGGGUUGAUGCUCUCGGAGGACGGUGUCUGAGGGAUGGAGGGAUCAUAAAGAGGUUUUAAACGACAAAAAAAAUCCUGACAGAUCUGCAAGGAUGACAGCUGUCAGUUUGUCAGCACCACUUUGUCAACCGUGCGCAUAUGAUAGCAGAUUCAAAGUGGAGGUUUAUCUGAAGAAGCCCCUGAGGCCCAUCCACCUGAGCCCAGAGCAGGUAGCACUAGACAUGUUUUGUCUUUGCGGCCAACUCGACCUCCUUGUCAGAUCUCAGGUCCAUCAGGGGCAGUCAAAACUGGACAUGAGUCCUGAGGAAUUGGAAGCUUUCCGAAAUCAAGGUGCUGAGAUUAUAGAUCAGAUGAAGCAGUGCCUUGAACACUUGCCUAAACCUGCACCGUUGCUGGAGGACUACUUGGACAUUGCUGGAUUGUCUCUCAUGUUCCCUAGAGUGGAAGUCUAUAUUAUCCAUGGAAGUCCUGUGGAUAUGCUGGAGAGACCAGCAUUGGAUGGCUAUUUCCCUCACCUUGGAAGGCUGAACCAACUGCUGAGGUUUAGUCAGCUACUAGAUAAUGAUGUGAAGCACCUCGGAAGACACAAAUAUAUUGCCCAUAAGCUUGCUGUAGUACAUCAAGUGCUUAACAGCUUCAAAGAUGUAUUCCCAUUGUCAGCUAUAAAAAAAGACAUUGAAACCAAUUUUAGACAAAUAAAAAUGUCUUUAGUAGCAGAGGAAGGAUCCAUACAAGAACCACAAUUACCAGCUCAAUACAUCAGCUGGGUAUCACAGGUAACACAGAGUCUAAUAUCAGCCAUCUCUUCACUUCCAGAAGAGCUCACAGAGGAAAUCAGUCCAGUCAUGUCAUUUGUCUCUGAGUUGUCCUGACAAGAAAAAAAAUGGUACAGUAGCUAGGGCAAAUACACUAUAUUACCCAAGGUUUUGGGACACCCCUCCAAAUCAUUGAAUUCAGGUGUUGUUUUUCAGGGGUUGGGCUUGGCCCCUUAGUUCCAGUGAAAGGAACUCUUAAUGCUUCGGCAUACCAAGACAUUUUGAACAAUUUCAUGGUCCCAACAUUUUGGGAACAGUUUGGGGAUGACCCCUUCCUGUUCCAACAUGACUGCACACCAGUGCACAAAGCAAGGUCCAUAAAGACAUGGAUGAGGGAGUUUGGUGUGGAGGAACUUGACUGGUCUGCACAGAGUCCUGACCUUGCUUUGUGCACUGCUGUACAAUCAUGUUGGAACAGGAAGGGGUCAUCCCCAAACUGGAACAGGAAGGGGUCAUCCCCAAACUGAUCCCCCAAAGAGCUUCAACUCUUCUUGGAAGGCUUUCCACAAGGUUUAGGAGUGUUUAGGAGUGUUUUAUGGGAAUUUUUGACCAUUUUGACCAUUUUUUGACCAUUUUUUUGACCAUUCCUCUAGAAGUGCAUUUGUGAGGUCAGGCACUGAUGUUGGAUGAGAAGGUCUGGCUCUCAGUUUCCGCUCUAAUUCAUCCCAAAGGUGUUCUAUCAGAUUGAGAUCAGGACUCCUUACCAAACUCCCUCAUCCACGUCUUUAUGGACCUUGCUUUGUGCACUGGUGCACAGUCAUAUUGGAACAGGAAGGGGUCAUCCCCAAACUAUUCCCACAAAGUUGGGAGCAUGAACUUGUCCAAAAUGUCUUGGUAUGCUGAAGCAUUAGGAGUUCCUUUCACUGGAACUAAGGGGCCAAGCCCAGCUCCUGAAACACAACACCUCAAUUCAAUAAUUUGGAGGGGUGUCCCAAAACUUUGUGGCGAUAUAGUGUAUGUAUGCAAUCUGUUAGUAAUACACUAAAACUAUUGCACUGUUCAUUUUGUUCAUAAAAGUGCAGAAGACCAUGAUGACUGUUGUAGUUUAUUCGGUAGUCAUGUAAAGUGUGCAUACCUUUAGCACAAAAUGCUGUAUAACCAGAUACACAUUUCCUUCUUCCAGUCUGGUCUGAAUGUUGAGGGGGUAAUGGCAAAAAAUCAGACAAUUUUGAACAUGUAUUUCUUUUUAGAUUUUUGUAGGUACAUUGUAAAAGAAAUAAAUGCAAUUUCUCCCCCAUUCUAAAACACACACACACACACACACACACACACUUGCACUGAAGUGUAUCUGAACCUUUUUUCUGUAAGUGAAUGAUGUGUUUAAUAUGAUUGGGUACUACUGUUAAAACACUUGUUUUUUUUCACAUCUUUGUUAUUACUGUCAAUAAUUAUGGUGCUAAAAGUUUC